CCCAGGUCCCACUCUCUUGCUCUCUGGCCUCUACCUCCCUUUCCUGUCUCCAUGUCUCUGAGGGUCUUGGUCUCUGUGUGAGUGGCUCCCGUUGUCUCUGCCUCCCAGCCCCUGGGUCUCUCACAGGUUCCUUCUCUCUCCCGUACUCUUUGCCCUUGCCAGAACCAGCCCCCCAGGAUGUUCCUCCUGCUGACAGCACUGCAAGUCUUGGCCAUAGGCAUGACACAGAGCCAAGAAGAUGACAACAAGAUAAUUGGUGGUUAUACGUGCAUCCAGAACUCACAGCCAUGGCAGGUGGCCCUGCUGGCAGGCGCCGGGCGUCGCUUCCUCUGUGGAGGAGCCCUGCUUUCAGACCAGUGGGUCAUCACCGCUGCCCACUGUGCUCGCCCGAUCCUCCGGGUAGCCCUGGGCAAGCACAACCUGAGGAGGUGGGAGGCCACCCAGCAGGUGCUCCGCGUGACUCGCCAGGUGGCACACCCCAGCUACAAUCCCCGGGCCCAUAACAACGACCUGAUGCUGCUGAGGCUGGAGCGGCCUGCCCGGCUGGGAAGGGCAGUGAAAACCAUCCCCGUCGCCCAGUCCUGUGCCAGCCCUGGGACGCCCUGCCUUGUGUCAGGCUGGGGGACCACAUCCAGUCCCAUCGCCAGGUACCCCAACUCUCUGCAAUGUGUGAACAUCAACGUCUUCCAGAACCAGACAUGCCAGCAGGCCUACCCUGGAGCCAUCACUGCUGGCAUGGUCUGUGCGGGGGUCCCCCAGGGCGGGAAGGACUCUUGUCAGGGUGACUCUGGGGGACCCCUGGUGUGCCGAGGACAGCUUCAGGGCCUGGUAUCCUGGGGAAUGGAGCGCUGUGCCCUGCCUGGCUACCCCGGCGUCUACACCAACCUGUGCAAGUACCAAAACUGGAUCCAGGAAACGAUGGAGGGCAGAUGGCGGUCCCCAUGACUGCGUGUCAGCUGUCCCCGCUGACCUCCCCAUGCAGGACCCUGAAGCUCUGUCCCCCAGCACCCUGGUCCUCACUCCUGGCUCUGGCCUCCCCGUUCCCAGAGCAGUGGCUU